UGGACGUUUCGAACAGUAGGCCUAUACUCUGCUCGUCUUCAGGACAGUAUUCUCUGCUCUUAAACCUGAUCGUCUUCUACAGGCUUUACUUUAAAGGAGAUUGUAGCCAAGAAAAGACAUAAUGGUGUUCGUCACCAAACCGAUCUCCGUCGUCCUGGCGAGCCUUGCCGUUUUGAGUGUCCUCUGGAAUGUCUACUCUCGGUUCAGUUUCUCCGGUGGUGGAUCAUGUCGAUUUGCCCUCUCUAGGGAUCACGAAAACUAUUGGCUUCUUAAAGAAGAAUUAAGCAGACUGGAGUCAGACGUGAUCAAGUUGGAAAAAAAGAAAGUUCUGGAGGAAUUAGAACAAAAGUUUUCUGGGAAAAAGACAGACACUGAGGUGGAUCCGGUACAUAGGAACCUUCCCGCCAAAAUCUCUGGUCUAGAGACGGCGAAUAAAGAACUGAGAGAUUACAUUGCCAAAAUUCCACUUGUGAUUUUUAAGAUGAAGGGAAGUGCGGAAGAGCACAGAAAAGAAGUUGAAGAACUGUACGAUGAAACGGGUAAACUGAAAGAAGAACUGAAGAAAUUAAAAAGUCGUCUGAACGAGAUUUUACAGAGCAUCAAGUCGAGCUGAUGAGCCUAAUGGUUGUCUGCCUCUACGAUGUUUGAUCGCCGAGAGAAUAAAUGUUUCACACGCGAAGUGACUGGUCGAGCUGAUGAGCAUAAAGGUUGUCUUCCUCGACGAUUUACAUGUAUGAUCGCCGAGAGAAUGGAUGUUUCACAAUAAGUUGUCAAUCGCGAAGGGACUGAGCCUCUUUCAUGUAAAUAACAGAUUCAGAAUCAGGCCAAAUUCACAAUCCUUCUAGUCUGAUUUAGGAUGCUGUUCGAAUCCCAGUCCAACCAUUGACGGAAUCCUUGCCCAGGUGUCAAUCCAACCAUAGUUGCUUCUCUUCGUCAAGAUGUACAACUGGUAGUGAUCAAAAUGGUUCGUGUUAUUUUACAACCAUGGUUGUGCCUUUUUGCUCUUCGUCUACACCAACCCCGGAGAAAGAACUAAGUCCAUGUACCGAAUUUAUAUUUUAAAAUGUUAAUCAUUAUGAUAACCGUUCACCCCCUGUAAGCUUUUAAAGUUUUUAAAGUACAUGCUUUUCUUUCUGUAUAUGAAAACAGUAGUAAGCAAUGACAAUGGUAAAAUUGAUCGGGUAGGAGUUUUUAGAAAGCACCGAUCCAAUGAAUCUCUAAACACUUAUAAUGUAAAGGCUGUUGACGUCCAUAUUGUUAAAAUGACUAAAACAAAAAUAAAAGUAUUGAUUUGAAUAAAAACAUUUAAUUUAUUUUCAUUUAUUAAUUUUUGAGGAUAAAAACAGCAUAACAAAAAAAUCGGAAAAACCAUAUAGACAAAUUUAAGAGUGCACAAAAAAAAGUUGUGUGGUUUAUUCUUAUCAAUCCAGUAAACUUCUUUAUCUUCCAGUUUAAUGGUUAACUUGUUUGUAUAGAUACAUUUGAAAUUUCUCUGAUUUUCCUGAAGUAAGUUUGUUUAAGUUGUGGCUGACUUUGUUGAUGACAACUUAGUCAUUAUCGCUCUAUCGCCGCGAGCUGAUGCCUUGUGUAGGCCUACCAAAAACAUUUAUUUUAUUUUAAGAAAUAACACACUAAGGCUAGCCUAAGACUUCGAAAUUGCACAAAUCACCAUGUGCUUUGACCGAAUUGGCUGGUCCAGCAACGGCUGCUGCUAGUUGCAUCCUCAACGCAUGUUACGAUCAAUCCAAAGCCGUAGCCGUAGCCAAAACACACGCCUUCAUGGUAAUACACCAAGGCAAAAUGCAAAAUGUAUGACUGUUUGUUUAGCAACUUAAAGGCAGUGGACACUAUUGGUA